AUGGAAAAUAGUCCAGCAAAAUCAUCAAGAUUCAAAAGGAUAUGUGUUUUCUGUGGCAGCAGUCCUGGAAAAAACCCAAGCUACCAGCUUGCAGCCAUCCAACUAGGGAAACAACUGGUUGAAAGGAACAUAAACUUGGUCUAUGGUGGUGGGAGUAUUGGGCUCAUGGGCCUCGUCUCUCAAGCUGUGUAUGAUGGUGGACGCCACGUGUUAGGGGUUAUUCCCAGAACUCUAAUGCCCAUAGAGAUAACUGGGGAGCCAGUCGGGGAGGUGAAGGCAGUGUCUGGAAUGCACCAAAGAAAAGCAGAAAUGGCUAAACAAGCUGACGCCUUCGUAGCCUUACCUGGUGGUUAUGGUACAUUGGAAGAGUUGCUAGAAGUCAUCACUUGGGCUCAACUUGGAAUCCAUGAUAAACCGGUGGGAUUGCUGAAUGUAGAUGGCUACUACGACUCAUUGUUGACUUUUAUAGACAAAGCCGUCGACGAGGGUUUCAUUACGCUCUCUGCCCGUCACAUUAUCGUCUCUGCCCAAACUGCCCAUGAACUCAUGUCUAAGCUUGAGGAUUAUGUUCCAAUACUUGAUGAAGCUGCAUCAAAGUUGAGUUGGGAGUUGGAGCAACAAUUGGGACACACAAGAAUGUAA